AUGCAACGCGCCAUAAUUCUCAGGAGAGAGCCAGAUGACAUCCGGCAGGUGUCACAGUUGGUCAUAGCACAUUUUUCCCCGGUAUUCAGCCACUUUACCUUUCCGCAACAUGACCAAGAGAAGCUCAUCAAGUUCGUGGAUAAGUGCAUUAAAGGCCUCAAUCUGGACCGCGGGGUUAUGUUCACCACUCUCUACAUCCUUGCGCGUCUCAAAAACAGAGAACGCUCACUCUUCCUUCCAUGGCACUUCACUCCCGACGCUUCCUUCCUAUUGACCCUCGUUGUCUUGAAGCUUGCACUCAUGUCCAUAGAAGACGCAAAGUUUCUCGUCAAGGUCUGGAUCCAGGCACUUGGGAAGGCUAUCGAUCGACCAAGCGAUGCAUUACCCAGCACGCGACAAGUGAUCGAUAUCGAGGCCGAGGUUUUUCAGUAUUUGGACCACAAUGUGGACGUCACCUUCGCUUUGCCCGAUUUCGUGCGCUUCAAGCAGUAUCUGUCAACACGUCCAGACAUCCUUACAACCCUGAAGGUCGAGUUACCUAACAAACUACCUCUCAUGUUGCCUCUCCCCAAAAUCAGUCCAUCUUACUGGCGUCCCAGGAAGCCGAAGCCACCAGCUACUAGCCCGUCGCAUCCUCCUGCUAACCCCGUCCAACCUCUCGAUGAGUCACAGCCAUCAGCAUCUAAUAGUUUUGCACGCUACGCGCCUUCGCAAUGGUGA